GUUGGGCUCUGAGCGUUGCUGGCUUUUUUAGCCUCUGGCACGCCGCAGCACCAAGCAACUCGCCACCAUCGCCAGUGCACUGCGCUAGCCGCUCUUUGCUGCUCCCCACCACCACGUACGUGUGCCUGGCCAGUGGCCCUGCCCACCACCCACCCACCCUUUCCUUCCUUCUUCAACGACGCCCUCAAAGCCAGGCUUUCCCACUCGCUUCAGUAGUGCCUCACUGCUGCACAUCGCAGGCCACCAACCCAAGAGCUAGCACCAGCGCCGGCACUGCAACAAGAGCUAAGCCGCCGGGUCGGAAGGGGAAUGGGUGCCGCCGAGACCGCGGCGCCGUGCCGCGUCCUGCGACGCUCCUGCUGCCGGUUGUUCCUCGCCCUGCUGCUCUGCUUCCAGGUCCUGCGCACGUCGCAGGCCUUCGAGCUGCGCGGCGGCGGCUACGUGGAGGCGGAGAAGGUCCCGCUGGCCGUCAUCGUCCCGGACCCCUCGCCGCGGCUGUCCGGCUUCUCCCCGGCCCCGCGCGCGCCGCCGCCGGCGUUCGGCGGAGGCGGCGAUGACAUGCGGCCCAGGCUGCCGACGGAGCGCUCGCGCCGGGGCAGCGGGGAGGCCAGGCGUAGUAGCGCCGCGCACCCCCCAGCGGCCGCGGCUUCCGCCUACUCCCACCACCAGGCGCCCGCGCCGUCGGCUGCCCCCGGCCCCACGCGCGCCCCCGCUCCCGGCGGGCCCGGGGCGCCCGCGCCGGCGCCGGACUCCGCCGCCCGGGGGAGCGGCGGCGGCUCCGCAUCCAUCAAGAGCAGCCCCGCUGUGCCGGUCCCGCGCGGCGUCAUGGACACCGCCACCAUCCUGCCCAUGCCGGCGCCCGGCGAAAAGCGGCAGGAAGUGGGAUCUGCCACUUCGGUUGGAGCCGGCUUGGUGCCGCCGCUGCUGCUGGGGCUCACGGUCAUGAUGGCAUCUUUUGGGCUUUAAGCUGGUAGAUCCGUAGGAGAUGCGUGCGGUUUAAAAGUAGUCCUACUACUAGCACUCACUGUAUCUGUAGCAGAGAUAAAGCUUCUUCCUUUCUCUUCUUUCUCUCGCCUCAUUGUUGCUUUCUGCGCGCGGCUAGCUAAUCCUCUCCUCUGUAAACAAAGCUCGUCUUCCUUUUUAUCUGCCACGCCCUUUCUUGUCA